CGUCCAGUGUGUGGGCAGUAGCUUUGUGAUUCCCAGCCCCCUUAGUUUGAAACGAUGCUGUCAAACUAGCUGAGUGACCGCUGGGUGCCGCCUUCGUGUGAAAUCCGGAAGAGUUCAUUCAGGGACCCGUCUGAAGUCGCUGGGAGCAAGACAGUACAGACAGGAGCACCGCGAGCUCCGAAUAGUAAUUGGAAGAAGCACAACAAAUGUUUGAAUUAAAACUCAAACAAAAUGAUAGGAAGGGACAAGUUUUACGGAUUCCUUUCUUUUUUCUUCGGACUUUCUGCGCCUCUGCUAUCGUCUGCCGAGAAGCUGGGAGAUGGAUGUGGUCACUCUGUUUUGGGUCAAGAAAGUGGAGUCCUGACUUCCAAGAACUAUCCCGGCACGUACCCAAACCACACAUGGUGUGAAUGGAAAAUUAACAUGCAGGAAGGCAAGACUAUCAUACUGAAGUUUGGAGAUCUGGAUAUCGAGGCACAGCAAUGUGAAUCUGACUAUGUUAAAAUCUUUAAAGGAUCACAGACAUUUGGAAAUGCUUUUGCGACCUACUGUGGAAACCUGAAAUCUUACACAAAAGAGAUCCACGUGGAUACCAAUGAGAUCACAGUUCAGUUUGAAAGUGGACAUCACCUAUCGGGUCGUGGCUUUCUACUGUCAUAUGCAAGCAGCAACCACAAAGAGUUGCUUACAUGCUUGGAUAAAGCAAGUCAUUUCCCAGAGUCACAGUACAGCAAGUACUGCCCUGCUGGUUGCAAGGCAAUAGCAGGAGACAUUUCUGGGGAUAAGUCUGAGGGAUACAGACAUACGUCCGUUCUUUGUAAAGCUGCCGUUCAUGCUGGGGUUAUAAGUGAUGAAUUGGGAGGCCAGAUAUCAGUCAUUCAGCAUAAAGGCCUCAGUCGGUAUGAAGGCAUCAAGGCGAAUGGCAUUCAGUCAAAAGAGGGGUCUUUGUCUGACAAGCGGAUUGUGUUUAGCACCAAUGAUUGCAGCAAGCCACUGAUCUUGGAUUCGGGAGCCAUGGCAGCCACAUCUGCCUGGCAGCCGACCAAUGAAAAUGGACAGAUCACCGAGUGUUCUGUUGAUGUUCAGGGAUCUGCGUGGGCAGUUAAUCGUAACAACACCUGCCAGUGGAUGCUUAUAGACCUUGGGGAGAAAAAGAAUAUCACAGGAAUCAUCACUUCUGGAUCUACACUACCAAGUUACAGAAUCCAGCACAGCAAAGAUGGACAUAAAUGGAGGAUGUACAGACAGGCUGGAGGUUCAGAAGCAAAGAUAUUUGAAGGAAACCUUGAUUACUGGCACCAAACACGGAACAACUUUCUCCCAUCUAUCGUUGCUCGCUACAUACGCAUCAUUCCACAAACCGGGCUUCGGAGAAUAGCCAUGAAGGUGGAGCUAAUGGGAUGUUCUCAACAGAAAGCAAAUUCUUCAACUCUACCUAUACCUGAAAACACAAGCCCAGGUACAAUUCCACAUGCUGAAGAGGAAGAUAUAACGGAGCCUGUUCCAUCCCAGACUGACCUAGUGAAACUAGCCAUGUUUGUGGUCCCAGCCGUCCUCUCAUUGGUCCUUCUGUUUGCAGGAGUUUGUGUUUACACAACUUUACGGAAGAAGAAGACAAAGGAAAAUGCAUAUGGGUUAUCUGAAGCUCCUAAAGCAGGCUGUUGGAAACAGAUCAAAAAGCCUUUUGCCAGGCCCCAGUCCACAGAGUUUACCAUCAGCUACAGUCCUGAAAAAGAAACGCUGGAGAAACUGGAUCUGGUCAAAAGUAACAUGGCAGAUUACCAGCAGCCCCUAAUGAUUGGAACAGGGACAGUGACGAGAAAAGGGUCCACAUUCAGGCCAAUGGACACUGACGCUAAAGAGGAAAUCAGCAGACAGGACCCUGCGACCAACUAUGACUAUCUGUAUACAGCCAAUCAGUAUGCACUGCCUUUGACCAAUCAGGAACCAGAAUAUGCCACCCCUAUAAUAGAGCGGCACAACUUCAGGAAAGACGCCUACACACCAGACACGGGUUACAAUGUGCCAGCAGUUAGUUUAUCAAAGAAGCCUUCUUUCAAUGCAAAUGAUUGCAAUAGCUACAACAAACAGGAAAGCCUCACUGGAGAUUACCAAACACCACAAAUUAUAACCGAAAGCAUGCUGAAUGAAGAGACAGGAUAUGAUAGACCUAAACUGAGCAUUGCUUUGGCCACAGCAACCACGGGUAUGGACUAUCAGAAGCCACAGGUCACUAUGUCAGUGACUGAAGGAUACUCCGCGCCUAGAGACUGUUUAAAACCAGCAAGUCUCCGGCAACAGUAAAAAAAAAAAAAAAUGGCACCGGCGUGGACAGACUGUUGCAGCGCACAGAUGCUGACUAUUUCUUGCAAAAAUGAAACACUUUGCAGUGAACAACAUAAACAUUAUUGGGAUAAAUUAUUCAUUAUUUUAAAAAAAUACCUGGUCAUUGUAUAUAACGUCCGACCUGCUAUUCUGCCUUCGGACAGGCAUAUUCCAGAUACUGAUAUUGGACUCAGUAGAUCAAAGCUCCACUUUUUUAUUUUUAAUCUAGAUUCUUUAAGCAUUUUGUUAUAUGAAAUUGAUUGAAGCAGCCUCAGAGAUUCCCAUGUUAAUAAUAAUAAUAAAAACUCUCUAAAAUACAUUACUCACAGGUGGCAAGGAGAAGACAUUUAUGAAGAGUUGUGUACCUGUGUAAAUGUUAACUUGGGUCUUUAAAAAGAUUUAUGUUAUUGAAGAAGUUGUGCUUAAAUGUUGACUAGACGAUUGUCAUCUUGCAAGAAAUGAACUGUUGCAUGGUUCUCUUUAAAAUAAGGAAUGAAGAACUAAUUGGUUGUAUAGAUGUGCAAAAGCUCUUGUGAAACAAGUUGCUUAUAGGAAGAUUUUUUUUUCCAUUUAUAUUGAUAUUCAAGUACAAAACUGUUGAUGCCUGUGCAUACUGUAUUAUUAUAAGGGUUAUUAGUUUCCAUUGCUCGAUUUGUCAUGUUUUCUCUGAAUUAAGUAUUUCUGUUAAUACACCAGAAAGUGACCAAAAGAUAUCUGAUAAUGUCAGGUAUCAGGCCUAAGGAUCUGUCUAUCUGCACACAAUAAGACAACAUGCUGGGUUGGAUUCAAGAUUGUUAUGAAAUCUGUACCCUACAUUCAGAACUCCCAAUUAAUUUCAAGAACCUUUUGGACUUUUUGUUGGAACACUUCAAAGUCAUCAGAUCUCAUAUAUAUGCAUGCAGCAUUGCAUAGUACCAUAACCUACAAUUGAACUUGAGAUCUCCUGGGAGUGGGAUUGGGCUUAUAAAAUAUGUUGUAUAAUCAAAGCCCUGUACUGUAGUCAUUUAUGGAUUUACGUUACAUAAACCAAAAGACAUGCACAUUUAUCAACAGGGUCCCAUAGGCAUUCUGAGAAGUUAAGGGAUAAGCCGCCUUAGCUGUGCUGUUCAGGUUAUCUGAAGACAGAUGGAGGGAGGGAAGUAGUUUUGUAUUCAAGUAGGUUAACAGUUUAAAAUGUUUGGUUUACGUUUUCUCCUUUGUGAUUCAUCAGUUGCACAGAUUUAUCAAGCAAAUCAUUUUCCUCUUAGAAACCUCCUGAAGAAAAUUCUAGUCCCUCCCCCAUUACAAAUAACAACUGAUGUGUGCAGAACAGCAAAUAGCCAUCAGAAGCAGAUAUCAUAGAAGCUACAAUAACAGGUUCAUUAGUGGCCAUUAUGGCUUGGUAUCGGGUGACAGUGGCAGUCCAUGCUGACUGAGAAAGGGGUGUAUUAAUAAGAAUAUUAAGCAGUGCUGUUUUAAGCAAAUAAAAAGUUUAAAUGUUAAGAAAAAAAUAAGUAAAUAAAUCCUGUUUUUUUCUUGAACUGAAGUCUAUGUUAAUGUGCACGUUGUUUUAACUGUGUUGCUUUUGUUCUGAAGUGACAGACUAUAGAAAGUGGAAUUACUGCUAUAAUUUCUAUGAAAUUUGUGGGGUUUUUUUUUGGGGGGGGGGGUGUAAAUAUAUUGCCUUUAUAAGCAAAUCUGAUGCAGCCUAAUUCUGACAGCAUUGGAAGUUUAAAUGUAGUUUGUUGUUUAUAUAAAUGUCUAAACAUUGUACACAGGCUGUAAAUAAAAGUCAUUGUAGAAACCAUGU